UGUUUUCUUUUUCUGCCUACAGUUGGUUGAAUCAGUCGUCUCUAUACACAGAUCAGUUAAUGCAAACAAAUGCACAGCCCCCCCAGAACAGUUCAGAUUUACAUGCAAAUUCACAUUUGAAUGCUGAUGAACUGGAUUUCAUAGAAGAAAUAAAUCAAGAGUUGGACCUAGAUUCACCCAACAGCCAAUAAGAUUUACUUGUCAAAAGGGUGAAGAUAACUCAUGAUUAUUCCUUUCACAUCAUCAAUUUUGAAAGUAAACCAUACCUCACCAGUGCAGAAAUCUCAGCUCUGUUGUGGGAUAGUGAUCUGCUGAGAUCCAUGCUUCGCCAGAAAAAGAAAAGUGUUGCUAAGGUGGUGGUUUCUUGUUCAGAGAAUAAGGAAGUAUUUGAAGAACUCAUCAGAUGGAAUGUCCCAGGUGUCAUGGAUGGAGAUGAAGCAAGAAGUUAUGUCACACUUUACGAAUUUGAAGGGCUUCCAGAGAUUUUGAAGAUCUUUGACCAUCAUUCAGAGGAUCUAUUGCCAAGUUUGGUAAAGGAAAUAGAAUGUUUCAAGAAGGAAGGAGAAAACUACUGGACUUCAAAGAAGGAGGAACAGCUUUGCUCUGAAGGAGGAAGUAGUUCUGAUGAUCAAUUUUCUGAAAGUGAACUGGGCAUUGAUGAAAUUAAGCUUCUCUUGCAAGCUAUGCAGUUUAGAAGAAAGCGCAUUCUUCAGGGACUGAUGUAUGGUUGUUCCACUGGUGGCAGUGUUGAUGAACUGCAGGAAGUGGAAUUAAAGAUUGAGAUACUGCAACAGGAGAUACAGCAUAAAAUAAAGAACUCAUUAUAGAACCAGUGACUGCAAAUAUGUGGAGUGGUGGACAUGCAAAUUAAACUAGUCAACAGUGUGCAUGGCAAAACAAUUGAAUUAUAUUAAAGAUAUUUGCUAAGAAAGAGCACUCUCUGUUGCAUUAUGUUUUUACAAAUCUGAAAGGCAGCAGACAAAGGCUUUUACAGCACUUAGAGUUUUGUUUUACCAGUACCUGUUCUGAUCAAUUUUCAUUAGUUUUUAAUGCAAACAAUAUUUUUUGAAAAGGUCAUUUACAAAUUUCCCAUUUGUUUCAAUAUAAAAUCAGCUGCAAUUGACUGAUAAGUUUAAAAUUUUAAAACAUCCUAACAAAGAUUACGUGUUUUUUCUUAUAAAGAAUUUUGGGAAGCUUAACAUACUGUUACAUUGCUCCUUAGCAAUAAUAAUUCUUGCUGACCAAGGCAUUGUUUAUGUUUAGAAUAUGGACUACAAUGGUAGUUCAAAAUUUUGAUAAUUUAUUGGCUCACUUUAAGUAUAUAUACAAAUUUUCUUUCAACAUGUUUUGCAAAUAUCAUAAUUGGAGAGUAUUUGUCAAUCAAGGCCAAAUUUCAAUUCUUCCCAGUAGUAGAAAGAAAAUUUACUUAAGUUGUAGUACAUUCAGUUAAUGUUUCAUAUUAUUAUUAUGUAAAGUUGAUUAAAGCACCCUUAUGUUAUAUUGUGGAUUGUCUAUGCAAAAAUGGAGGGUCAAAAUUAAAGUGGUAUUGAGAAGAGAAA